UUUCAUUUCAUGCAUACUAACCGCCACGCAUUGUGAUUUUGGUGUUGACGAUGACUGUCAAGUUUUUGGAUAUUGUCAAGCCGUUUUGUGCAAUCCUACCGGAGAUCUCCCGCCCUGAACGGAAGAUUCAGUUUAGAGAACGUGUGUUAUGGACGGGAAUAACUUUAAUGAUAUUUCUGUUUUGUUGCCAAAUACCACUUUUUGGCAUCAUGUCGUCUGAAUCUGCCGACCCUCUUUACUGGCUUCGAGUGAUUUCUGCGUCAAACAAAGGGACACUUAUGGAGCUUGGAAUAUCUCCAAUAAUAACAUCUGGUUUAAUUAUGCAACUUCUUGCUGGGAUACAAGUGCUCUCUGUUGGCGAUGCACCGAAAGACAGAGCUUUAUUUAAUGGAGCUCAGAAAUUAUUCGGUAUGGUUAUAACUGUUGGCCAAGCUUCUGUGUAUGUUAUGUCCGGAAUCUAUGGUGCACCAAGCGAACUAGGUGCGGGGAUUUGUCUGUUGAUAAUCUUCCAGCUGACAUUCGCAGGUCUCUUGGUUUUGAUGUUGGAUGAACUUCUUCAGAAAGGUUAUGGUUUGGGUUCUGGUAUAUCUUUGUUUAUUGCAACUAAUAUUUGUGAAACUAUCGUGUGGAGAGCAAUAAGCCCGACUACGAUUAACACUGGACGAGGUACGGAGUUUGAGGGUGCUAUAAUAUCCCUUUUCCAUCUACUGGCCACUCGUACAGAUAAAGUCCGCGCACUAAGGGAGGCUUUUUAUCGUCAGAAUCUCCCAAAUCUAAUGAACAUACUUGCAACUAUUCUUGUCUUUGCUGUCGUUAUUUACUUCCAAAGCUUCAGAGUCGAUAUUGCAGUCAAGUCAAUCCGAUAUCGUGGGCAAUCAACUUCAUAUCCAAUCAAACUUUUCUACACGAGUAAUGCCCCGAUCAUGCUUCAGAGUGCGCUUGUCUCUAAUCUUUAUGUAAUGUCACAAAUGUUAGCUAGCAAGUUCCGAGGUAACUUCAUUAUCAAUCUUCUGGGUGUUUGGUCUGAUGGUGAAGGAGGUUCUCGAUCUGUACCUAUCGGAGGGUUGUGUUACUACAUGACGCCUCCAGAUUCCUUAGGCGAUAUGCUAGUAGACCCUAUACACGGUAUUUUGUAUAUUGCUUUUAUGCUUGGGAGCUGUGCGUUUUUCAGUAAAAUAUGGAUCGAUGUCUCAAAUUCCAGUGCUAAAGAUGUGGUUAAACAGCUCAAAGAACAACAGACUGUCGUCCCAGGACAUCGGGAGAAUUCAAUGGUGCAUGAGUUGAACCGUUACAUCCCAACAGCAGCCGCACUUGGUGGUCUAUGUAUCGGCGCUCUUUCAGUAUUGGCGGACUUCUUAGGUGCUAUUGGUAGCGGAACAGGUAUUCUCAUGGCUGUCACAACAAUCUACCAAUACUAUGAAGUAUUUGUUCGAGAGCAAAGCGAGAUGGGUGGUUCAAUGAGCUCUUUGUGGUUAUGAGGAAAUAUCACAAGUCUUUCUUAUGUAUUCAAAUUUGUUUUCGUUGUAUGUUCCAGUCUGUUACAUGUGAAAUGAUCGAGUGGUUAAAGACAUAGAUUCGGAUUGUAUACUAAAAGGCUUUAAAAAAGGUCAACAUAUUUUGAUUGUAUAUUUUAGCAUUUUUUUUUAAAAAACCCAGUAGUUAUUGGUCAUCACUCACAUAAUAAUAAAUGUUUGUUUGUUUUUUUCCGUGCAGUAUUUAUGUCCUAAUAUCAGUCCAACAUGUACAUUUUGAUCAUUAUCUACUGUUUUGCACUUUAACUUGUGAUCAUUAAAUAUUUCACGCCUUCUUUAGUUCUUUUUUUCAAAUUGUAAAGGUAGGGUGUUUUUACAGUCAAUGUAAAACUAGUCAUUAAUGGUGAUUGAUUUUGAGUUAUAGUACGAACUGCAUCACCAGUUAUAUAGUGCUGCACGAAUUAGCAGUUGAGAAAUGUAAAUAUCGUUGAAUUUCUGUGUAUAGCUUUGUUGAUUUCGAUAAUACACUCGGUUAAUAACGUGCCACAAUCGAUCCAGAUUAAUAAGUACCGACCGCACCAUACAUGCAUAUGACUAUUGACAUUCUCACAUAGGUCGAGAGUUAAGCGAGUAGCCUACCGUAUAAUUAUAAUUCUGUCACUGCAUUUGUGUCGUUGCAAUGGUAGACUGUUACAGGGCAACCUUAGAUGAUUGGUUUUCUUCACUAUACUGUCGGUCGUGAGAAAUUCCAUUUAGUAAGAAACAUGGUGUGUUGGAUUAACGAACACUGACCCAGUGGUGUCUCGAGAAUGCGACAGCAUUUUGUAACGUGGUGUCGUUGAUUACCUCUUAGAUUGUCUGAAAUUUCAUUGAAGGGUUGCCUGUGUCAUUAGUUGUGGAAUAUACCCCAGA